AUGAGCACCAAUAACAAAAAGUUUCACUCUGCCUCUCAACGAUCUGUAUCAUCAACUCAAAGAAUGUUUUUCAUUCAUGCGCAACAACAACUUCUUCUUGUAUUACUGUGUGUUUUCCUUCUUCCAUCAACACUGGCAAAGCCUCCGUCGCUUUUAAAUAAUCAGCACCACGCAAAAGAAAAUGAUGAUAUCACUUUUCCGAACGACUCCUCUCAACGUCUCAAUGGAAUGGCUGCUCUCUUGUUGAACAAUAUUUCAUAUCCAGAUGAUAGAGAUUUUUCAUAUUUCAAACCACUGACUCAAAGUUAUUGGGUAACGAAUUUUGUGCUGGAUAAUACAUUUUCCGAUUUAUGUGAUGAUACUGAUUUGUUGGAAGACAUCAAAACCCAAGCUCCCAACAAGAGCAAUAAUUCAAUUUGUGUAGAAUACUUUUGUGAGUGUUCUAUUGAUACCAAUGUCUGCUUCAAUUUAACUAAAUCGCUUGUCGAGAAUGAAAGAUUCCGAAUACAGUAUUUCCGAAUGAUUAAUUAUUGUAUUCAUUGUAAUAGUAAUCAUUCUCAACUGUUUAUUAAUUCCAUUUCAGAGCAGAGUCCACUCAAAUCCCAAAACUCAAAAUGUCUUUCUCGAUUUCCAUCGUAUGAAUUAUUACAGAGAUCAUUGUUGAAACAUUGCAACAUUGGAAUUUCUCAGCAAAGGAUUAGCACACUUCUUUCAUUCAACGAUACAAAAGAGGAUUUUAAUGUAGGAAUUAUUGAUUGGAGGUUUUUCCAGAUUGAUAAUUAUUAUUCAAACAUUUAUUUGAAAAACCAUUCGGAUAACAAUGACAACACUCUUCACAUGUUCAAUACGCUCUUUUUAGAAGAAUUUGUGAACCCUGUCAUGUGUUGGUGCAGAAACGAAUUUGGAAAACGUUUUGCUUUUCAAUGUGGAGACGCUUACUACAAUUUUUUAAUUCCAUUCAAGUAUAUCGGAUCACCUCUGUUAGUUCUUAUUCUCCUUGCCAUGUCACUUCUGUUAGCAGCAAUCUAUAACAUCAUUCCAUUGUAUUUAACCAAAAGAAGAGCAGUGAUAUUCCGGUCGAAAAGUGAAAUUGCAAACCAAAUGCAAGCUCGUUUUGCUCCAUUUGUUUAUUUACGAAUUGCUUUGGAAGAGUUUGUGUUCACUGAUUUAAGAUCAGUGAUCUUGCUCUUCGAGAUUUUAGGCACCGUAUGCUUAAUGAUUGAGAAUAUUAUUUGUUUCCUUUGGAAUUUUAGCUUUUUUAAUGACUCUCAAAGCUCUGACCUGUUGUGGGGAUGUUUCCGAGCCCUUGCAAUGUGCUUGUAUGCGUUUUCCUUUAUGGCUCUUCUUGUUCAUUGGGGACAUAUUGUAGAUUUACUGAAAACAUCCACCACUAAGAAGUCCCUCUCUCGAUUUAACAUUAUUCUAAUUUUGAGCAUCUAUACAUUUAAUUGUUGCAUCAUGAUCAUUGGUGUCAUUGUAUGCAUUGUUUUAAAAUCUACCGCACCACUUUUUGCAGUUGCAGCAAUAUCCAUGAUUGUAGCACCAAGUAUUUUAAUCAUCUGUUUCACAAUUUAUACUUUUCUGAUAUUUAAGCGGCUUAAACUCGCCCAUAGAAAUAUUCGAGAAAUGCGAUUCACCAAAUCCAUGACCUUAUUUAACAUCUCAUUGAUAUCAGCAUUCAUUCUUGGAAUUAUCUUCUUGCCAACAUUUGUUGUAUAUUGGGAUGUUUAUGGUAUUUAUGUUGCUAUUCAUAAGAAUUUGGCGAUUGAUUUAGCCUGUGUCGUUAUUACUGGAUUUUUCACAUAUAUUCUUGCAAACGAAGGAGACAUCACCAAAUACUAUCCCAACGGCUUUGGAAAAUUUGUACUUUGCAUGUCGUCUGUCUCCGAAGGAACAUCUCCAAAGAUUAUACCCAAUACGGCAACAAUGUUCUCACCACCGUCAACUCCAGGACCUAUUGCUAGUGACUCGGAUCUCAGGUAUCCAGAAUGUGCAGAGCGUUCCUCUCCCACAUCUACUUUCACAACACAAAGCAAUCCCAUGUCGACCUCAACCAUUCCAACACAAUCAUCAGAGUUUGAUCUUUCUAAACCAAUGAAUCAAGUUUAA